AUGGACGACAUCGACCUCAACAUCACCCAACAGGACCUCACGCGCCUGACGCCUGGUGAGCAGCAGCAAUUACAAAACUUCGUCCAAAUCCAGAUCAAGAGAGCAGAGAUUCAAAAGAAUAUCCACGAGAUGACCGAAAUGUGCUUCAAGAAAUGUGUCACCAGUUCCAUAUCCACAGGCAAAUUGGCGCCUAAAGAGGAGACCUGCAUGUCAAACUGUGUCGAGAGAUUCUUGGAUACCAAUACAGUGAUAUUGAAGCACCUGGACGCCCUGCGGGCGGGACAAUGA